AAGUGGUGACACUCUCUGGGGUGCAGGUCGACGCCGCCCGAUGCAGUCGUCGAGGGAAGAGGUCGCACGGCGCUGGAUGGAGAUGGUUCUCGGCGAGAACAUCCACGGCAUCUUCGUGGAAGCGCUCGAGGACGGCGUCAUCUUGUGCUUACUCAUCAACCAGCUCUACCGCGCCGUGGGCAUGAAGCAGUCGAGCUGCCCGUUUGACGAAAAGCAUGCGACCAAGCCCACGGGCUACCACGCGCGGCGACAGAACCUCAAGAACUUCCUCUCCGCCUGCCGCUUCUUUGGCGUGCCCCAAGACGACUGCUUUCGCCCGAGCGACCUGCUCAAGCGCCCCAACCCCGACAAAGUCUACACGACGAUUCUGUCGCUGCAGGCGGCCGUCAUGCAUCUCUCGCGCCAGCGCACGCCCGAGGAGCGCGCGUCGCUAGGCUCGCUCCACAUGUCAUCGUCGUCCUUCACAGCGGACAUGGAAGACACGAAGAUGCCCAUCUCGCCCAUCGUCGCCGAGGCCCCGACGCUGGUUGCGACGUUUGACGACAACGCACCGUUCGUCGGGCCCGGGAGCGCGUCGGCGUGGACGCAGCUGAUUGCGCAAUACGAAAUGCAGCAGCUCCAGAUCUCGCACAUGACUUUUGGCGACCGAGGAGCGCAGGAGCUGCACGGCCAACUCUGGCUCAUUUUGUCGGGUGCCAACGUUGAAAUGCAGGAGAACCCGGGCCACUACAGCCGUCUAUUGGCCACCGACCCGAUCAACGCGGAAGCCGUGCGCCAAAUUGACGCCGACGUCGACCGCACGGUGGCCCCCGAGGAUCCCGAGUGGUCGCUGGACCUCGUCGACGCGCUGCGCAACGUGCUCGUGGCGUAUGCGGCACACAACCCGACGUUGGGCUACUGCCAAGGCCUCAACUACGUCGUCGCGCGCCUCCUGCAGUGUGUCGGAGACGAAGAAGCGGCGUUCUGGCUCCUAGAGCGCAUGAUCACGAUGCUACCGGAGGACUAUUACACGACCAUGCUUGGCGUGGCGGUGGACCAGCACGUGUUUGCGUCGCUCGUCGCCCAGCAAAAGCCAGACGUCCUUCGCCACAUUGAGGGGUUGGGCGGGUUUGGCGCCGAGCUCUCGCUCGCGUGUACCGAGUGGUUCCUCACGCUCUUCGCGAGCCCGUGCAAGAAGGAAGUGACGAUGCGGGUCUGGGACCUUCUUUUCAUUGUCGGCAACGAAGUGCUCUUCCGCGUCGCCCUUGCCAUGAUGCACCUCGAGCACGCCAACAUUGUGCACUGCCACAACUACGGCGACGUCCUCACGUGCCUCAAUCAGAUGGGGCGCAACGAGUCGCUGGAUCCGAACCUGCUGCUGCGACUGGCCCAAGAACAGGACAUCCCAACGAUUACGAUCGAAGACCUGCGCGUGAUCCACCGCCUCGAGCUCGCUUCGGGCAUUGCCACCUCUGUGGCUAAGCAUGCGGAGGCCGAGACGCCGCGCGGCAGCGCAGUCGCGUCGCCCUCCAAGCGCCGAAAGCACCGCGGGCGCCAGUCCUCCGCCGACCCGCUGCUGUCGUCGCGGUAG